AUGAGUGGCGUGUCCGUCGUGCGUUACUCGUUGACCCCGUCGGCGUCUGGAGGCAGCUCAAUGCCUUCAAAGAAGAGACGCAAAAAGCGCUCGAGUGCUGCUGAUUCAAGCACGUCCAUGGCGUCAAGUACUGGGUGGGCGAAAUUGGACAUUGGAGAGAUGCAGCUUGAAGGAUUCCGAGAUGGGUGUGCGUUUGAGCUGGAAGAGCUUACGGAUUACCAUGUGGAGGCAACAGCAGACGGUGGGAAGAUGCUGGUAGGAGAUCGAAAGCGACGACAAGAGCAGAGCAACGAGACACAAAAGAGACGCAAAAAGCCAAAGCCUCAAGUUUACACGCCGCCGAAUGAGGAGAAAGGUGGUGACAUGAGUAUGGAAAACAAGAAGAAGCAGCAAGGGGUGAUGACGCAAGAGAUGGGCAAGCAGCAGGAGCAGAGGCACGAAAAUGGGAAGCAAGUCGUGAGUGUGAGCACGAACAUGAAAAAGAAAAGCCGUGGCGGGAAAGCAAGAACGCAGGAGGAUCAGGUGAAGACGGUUGCGCUGGAGGACGUCAAAUUGCCCAAAUGGAACCAGUAUAGGUUACAUCCACUACUGAUGCAGUCGUUGCAAACGUGUGGCUUUGUAGCUCCGACGCGUAUUCAAGAGCGGACCCUAGGUCCAGCGUUAGUAGAUAAUCGUGAUGUAGUGGGUGCAGCGCCUACAGGUUCUGGCAAGACGCUGGCUUUUGGACUUCCCAUCUUGAACCAGCUGUUAUAUGAGCGUGAGCAAGCAGGAUACACUAAGGACUGCAAGGCGCUGAUCUUGACACCAACGCGAGAACUUGCGAUUCAAAUCCACCAACACCUGGAAAAGAUGGUGCGUCACCGUGAGAUUGGAGUGGUGACUCUAGUGGGUGGUAUGGCUGUGCAAAAGCAAAAGAGAAUGCUUAGCUAUCGACCAGAAAUUGUGAUUGGCACGCCCGGUCGCCUGUGGGAUAUCAUCGAAGCCGACCACGAGCACUUGAAAGAGUUAGCAACGACGCUGCGCUUCUUAGUAGUAGAUGAGGCAGAUCGUAUGCUCCAACCUGGGUCGUACCCAGAGCUUCACAAGAUCUUUGAAGUGUUACGACGAAAGAAGUCUACUGCGGAUUCAGGUCUCUCAAACCUUUCGGAUAAUGAGGAGGAAGGAGGUGAUGACAAUGAGGUUGACGCGAACGACGAGGGUAGUGAUGGAGAAGAUCACGACGACGAUAUCGACAUGUCCAAGUUCACGGGUGGCUCGAAGGUCAUGAUGCUUGACGACGUUCUCAAGCUACAUCGUAAAGAGCACGAAAGUGAAAAACAGGAAAAGAGAGAUACUACUAAGGACAGGUCGACGACUGCUACGGCACUAGCUUCAGCUGAUCUGACUUUGUCUCCCCGCCACGUCCGUCAAACGUUCCUGUUCUCUGCGACUUUGAUGAUUUCGGAAGGAUGCCGCUUCCAAAAAAGCAAGACGAAGACGUAUCGCAACGCAUUGAGCGUUUUGGAGCGCGUCAUAAAGCGUGUUGGUCUUCGUGGAAAGCCUGCUGUUGUCGACCUCAGUGUGGCAGAGACUGCAGUGGACAUACCCGGCGUCAAGCCGAUUGUUUCAGCAGAACAUGAACGAAAGCUGGAGAGAAAGCAAGGGAAUGUGACGUCAUCGUUGCCUGCAGGUCUGGAACUUUGCCAGCACGAAGUGACUGAGUCUACUCGAGACAGCUUUCUGUACUACUUCCUCACACAGUAUCCGGGUCGGACCAUCAUCUUUCUGAACGCUAUUCACCAGGUACGGAAGCUUGCCGGUCUGUUGACCCUGCUGGGUCUCCCGGUGUUUGCCUUGCAUGCUGAGAUGCAACAACGCCAGCGAUUGAAGAAGCUGGAUGGUUUUCGUGGUCAUGCUAAGGGCAUUUUAGUAGCGACUGAUGUUGCUGCUCGUGGUCUGGACAUUCCUAGCGUGGACUACGUCGUGCACUACCAUAUCGCGCGAUCCACGGAAAUUUUUGUUCAUCGUAGUGGUCGAACUGCCCGUGCGAACAAAGAAGGUCUUAGCAUCGCUUUAGUGUCGCCUGUAGAUGCGAAAUACCACGUCCAAAUCUGCAAGAUGUUGCAGCGACCAACUGGGUUAUCAGAUUUUCCAUUCGACCACCGGUUCAUGGGAGCGAUUGACGAGCGCAUGCGUCUUGCCAAGAGUAUCAACGAACAGGAGAACACCGCAGGAAAGCUCAAGUCGGAGGUGACUUGGUUUGAGCAAAUGGCGUCAGCUGCUGACUUGGACAUGGACGACAAUUUGCUGUUUGAAUUGGGUGCCAAGCAGCGAAACCAAGACGGUAAGAGGAAGACCACCAUGAAUCAGUCGGUGCAGUCGCUUCGCGCUCAGCUCAGCCGUUUGCUCAGAGUUCCGCUGUGUCCUGUUGGAUCUGCUCGAAAAUUCCGCCAGCUGCAUCAGGAAAUCGGUUCUCAAAUCGGUGGUGAUGGCGAAUACUGCACUCGUGAUGCCAACGCGGAUCUUGCAUCAAAGAGUAAGAAGUCGUACAAGCGCUUUCGCCGGAGGAAGUGA